GGGACAUCGAGGUAGCAAUUCACGAACAGUUUCAAGCAUAUAAGCUCUGUGAGUUGGUUUGCAGCACAAAACCUAUUUAUAUGAAAUAUGGGAGUAUUGAUAUUUUGAAAUUUUUCAUUGCUAACAAUCCGUGUAAUGCAGAAGCAAAAUUUGUCUUAGCAUUUACGUAUUUUAGCUUUGGAAAUUCUCAUGAGAUGGUUUUCAGUUUAAUGGAUGAGUGUAUUGCUUUGUCCCCUCUCGAAUCAACAUAUUAUAAAUAUCAGGGAUCUAUGAAAUGCUUUGAUAAGAGAUAUGAAGAAGCAAUUGAAGAUUUUGACAUGGUGAUAAAAAUUUGUGGUUCUAUACAAGGAUAUGAAAGCUAUUAUUCACGUGCAGUUGCAAAUAGAUUACUCGCAGAUAAAAUUUUGGUUUACAUUAAUUUUUCACAAAAAAAAAUAUCCAAUAAUCCUGAACGUUCAUAUUAUAAACAUUCUUUGUCCGACUAUGAAACUUUCCUCAAAUUUGCUCCGCCCGAAGAUCGCAAAAUCACUGAGACGUUUUACGGCAUGGCAAUGUGCUAUAGAUCUUUAAAAGAUUUUAAAAAGGCCAAAGAAUUUUACGACCGUGGUCUUGAAGCAGAAAAAAAACGACUACCAGUAUUCGGUCCAUUUGAUUUCCCUCCUAAAGCAACAUUGGAGGCCGAACUUAGGUUAUUUUCAUUUAUAAAAAACCCAAGCGUUGCAAAUAUAUAUCCAGUGUGUAAGAAAAAAGCAUAUAAAAUUUGUGCCAAAUGA